AUGUCCUUUUAUUGUGAUAACGUGACGCACUGCGAGGAUCGGUCGGAUGAGCUGGAUUGCGCACCCUACAACUGCAAUACGGGCGAAUUCCGGUGUGAUAACGGUCGAUGUAUAGCAUAUGGGCUCAAAUGUGAUUUGGUGGAUCAUUGCUUUGACAAAUCUGACGAAAUGUAUUGCGGAUCUGGAUCAGAUAACAGGUUCACGUGUUAUAACGGUGACGAACAUCCACUCUCCGUUCAAUGUGAUGGGAUCAUUGACUGCAUUGGGAACUCUGCAGAAGAUGAAUCGGAAUCGUGUGGUACGUAUCAUUAUGUAUUUGAUCCAAGCUUUGAAUGUUAA